ACACAAGCAGCCCGUCUCUGUCCCCCUGUCUUUCCUGUCCAAUGUCUCACUGAGCAGGCUGAGCCACGUGCAUGUGCUAGAUCUACACAGCCCCCUCUUUCGUACUUAUUUGUGUUUCUUUGAAACACAACGACAUCAUGGUGAAGCUAGCAAAGGCAGCAAAUAAACAAGUCUCUCAGAAAAAAAAGGCACCCCCGCCACCCAAACAAGUGGAGGAUGAGUCCAGUGAGGAAGACAGCAGUGAAGAGGAGGAAGAGGCUCCUCCACCAAAGGUGAAAAAGGCUACACCUGCUAAAGCUAUUCCUACGAAGGCUACACCUGCCAAGAAUGGCAAGGCUGUUAAAAAGGCAGAAAGCAGUGACGACGACGAUGAUGAUGAUUCAGAAUCUGAAGAGGAAACUCCCCCAGCAAAGGCCACCCCAGUCAAAGCUGCGGCCAAGGCUCCUCCAAAAAAGACCCAAGAUUCAGAUGACGAUGACGACGAUGAUGAUGAUGAUGACUCAGAAGAGGAGGUGCCACCCCCCAAGAAAGUCCCUGCUAAACCUGCUGCUAAACCUGCCGCCAAGGCCCCAGCCAAAGCUCCAGCAGCUGAAGAAUCAUCUGAUGAUGAUGAUGAUGACGAGGAUUCAGAAGAAGAGAUGCCAGUGAAGAAGGCCCCUGCUGCUAAAGUUGCAGCUAAACCUGCAGCAAAAGCCAAGGCCGCAGCCACAAAAGAGGAAUCUUCAGAAGAUGAUGACGAAGAUGAUGAUGAUGAAGAUGAAUCUGAGGAAGAAAUGGACACAACACCAGCCCCUGCCAAGGCUAAAAAGGCGGGCAUGGUGAAGGCAAAGGAGGAGUCGGAAGAUGAAGAGGACGACGACGAUGAUGAGGAAGACGAUGAUGACGACGAGGAGGAAGAAGCUCCAGUGACUCCUGCAAAGAGGAAGGCAGAAGCCAAAAAGGAAACUCCACCUGCCAAGAAGGCAAAAACCGAAGGAGAAGGAUUUUGUCUAUUUGUAGGAAACCUUAAUACAAACAAAGACUUUGAUGAGAUUAAGUCUUUGCUUAGGAAAUUCUUUUCGAAAAAUGAGUUGGAAGUUGUUGAUGUUCGGUUAGGAGGAUCAAAGAAAUUUGGGUAUGUUGACUUCUCUUGUGAAGAGGAUUUGCAGAAGGCACUGGAGCUCAAUGGCAAGAAGUUUAUGGGCCAGGAAAUGAAGCUGGACAGAGCCCGGAGUAAAGAGAAUUCACAGGAGGGGAGGAAAGAAAGGGACACCCGCACCUUAUUUGUGAAGAACCUUUCCUUCUCUGUAACGGUUGAUGAACUUAAAGAAGUCUUUGAAGAUGCCGUAGAUGUUCGGUUACCCCAAGGACAGAACGGUUCCAACAGAGGCAUUGCAUACAUAGAAUUCAAAUCUGAAGCAGAAGCUGAGAAGAUGCUAGAACAAGCCCAGGGAACAGAUAUUCAGGGAAGAGCCAUCAUUGUUGACUUUGUUGGAGAGAAAAGCCAACAAAAAGGAGGCAGAAUGGGAGGAGCUGCACCUGCAGCAGCCUGUAAAACGCUGGUGGUAAACAAUCUGGCCUUCAGUGCCUCAGAAGAAACCUUGCAGUCCACAUUUGAAAAGGCAGUGUCAAUAAGAAUCCCUCAAAAUAAUGGAAGGCCUAAAGGAUUUGCCUUCAUCGAAUUUGACAGCACAGAUGAUGCCAAGGAGGCUCUUGAAAACCUGAACAACACCGAGAUUGAUGGCCGGUCGAUUAGGCUGGAGUACAGCUCAAACUCUAGAGGUGAUGGAGGCCGAGGGAAUUCAGGUCCAACAAAGACCCUGUUUGUAAAGGGUCUUUCAGAGGACACAACAGACCAGUCACUCAGGGAGGCAUUUGAAGGUGCAGUUGGGGCCAGGAUAGUGACGGAUCGCGAAACGGGGGCAUCAAAAUGUUUUGGCUUUGUGGACUUUGACAAUGAGAGUGACUGCAAAGCGGCGAAGGAGGCCAUGGAUGAUGGAGAGAUCGAUGGAAACAAAGUAACUUUGGACUAUGCCAAGCCCAAGGGUGACGGUGGAUUCCGUGGGGGCCGAGGGGGCGGCCGUGGGGGAGGCAGAGGUGGUUUCGGGGGGUUCGGUGGUCGUGGCGGAGGAGGCAGGGGAGGCAGAGGUGGCUUCGGUGGACGUGGAGGAGGAAGGGGUGGACGAGGAGGAUUUGGAGGUGGAAGAGGUGGUGGUGGAUUUGCCAAACCACAGGGAAAGAAGAUAAAGUUUGAUGACUAAAUGACUUGGUCAUCAAACUUUUUUUUACUUUUGAAUGGACUCUGGUUUCAUCGUUUUCAGAGCUUUUGGACAUUCCAGAAAGCAUCAUCCAUGUUAUUUAACUUUAAUGGGCAUUUUAGGCCUAUAUUGUAUACCCCACAACACCAUCCUGCUCUGUGCCAGUAAGGUACUCUUGUCUUGUACUCAAUUUGAGUACUGAAUGUCCCUGCAGCAAACUUGCCCCAUCCAACCCUAUUCUCUCAAUGGAUGAAAUGUAUGGUUUGCUGUGAAAAGCAUUUUGUCAAAUUCAUGUAAAAAAUGUUUAUUUCAUUUUACAUUUUGUAAAUGAUACAAUUGUAUCCAUGUUUUGUUCUUAUUGUCUUUAGUUUGCUUUAGGUGUCAAGUUUUACUUGUACUGUGUAAAGCAUAUUUUGAUAAAUAUGAGGCUGUGUGGUAAGUGAGUAAUGUGCAUUGUGCUGUUCCAUCUGUGGGAUGGGACGCAGUCGGUGAGUCAGAAUUCUUCCCACAAUAUUUGUAGUGCAUCGACUAAUUACGCCUAAUGAAAAUAAAUCCCAGUAGGUGAUUUUUAAAAUG